AUGGCUUCAGCGAGCAGAGCUUCUUGGAUUGCGGCGGCGAGCAUCAGCAUGGUGGAAGCCCUAAAGGAUCAAGGUGGUCUUUGCAGAUGGACCUAUGCCAUGAGGUCUCUGCACCAAAAGGCGAGAAAAGAGUUGGGUUCCUUUUCACAGACAAUAAAAACACCUUCUUCUUCUUCUUCUUUGAUGGUUGUUAGCAGAGGCGUGGUAACAAAAGCAGAACAAACUAAGAGAGCAGAGGAGUCCUUCAGGAAAGUCAUGUACUUGAGCUGCUGGGGUCCA